UCCAACAACUUAAUAUAUUCACUGUAGUUUCAUUAUUCAAGACCAAAGCUCUUAUUUUCUCUCAAAGUAACCAACUUCAAUUCAAUUCAAAAGUAUGGCUCCCUGUGGAGAGAGUUUCUCAAACCCUAAUUUGUGUAGGAACAACAUUGCGAAGCCACCGAAGCAGUCACUAUGUAAUAAUAAUCAUAUUCAACGGACCUUCUCAGACAUCUCGUUCGAGCUGGCGAAAGAAGAGAUCAAUGAUUUGAAGACACUUACACCAAUAAGUGAGGUAGAGGAUGCAAAGUGCGAGUGUUGUGGCAUGUCCGAAGAGUGCACGCCGGAGUACAUAGGCCGCGUUCGCGCCAAAUUCUCCGGCAAGUUUGUGUGCGGGUUGUGUUCGGAGGCGGUGAAGGAAGAGUUGGAGAAGAACGGAGGGAAGAAGGAGGAAGCACUGAACUCACACAUCAAUGCUUGUGUUAGGUUCAACAAGUAUGGUAGGGCUUUCCCUGUUUUGUUCCAAGCUGAAGCCAUGAAAGCCAUGCUGAAGAAGAACAAAAUGGAAGGGAGAAGGGCUAAGUCCUUUAACCCUAGGGACACCAACAAUGGACCAAAGAUAGGAUCCAUUGCA